UUUACACAGUCCUUACCGGUCGAAAGCGAUAACGCAAAAGGGCCCCGCAUGGCAUGGAAAGGGAAAGCUUGAAGAGGGAAAACAAAAUUAUCGAUCGUUUCUGCGGACGAGUAACAUUGAGUGGCUUCGACUCGUAUAGAAUUCCGGUCCAAUUUACUUCGAAUAAGUGUUCGUCUCAUGGUAAUUUGGUGUAGUCACGUUUUUACCGAAAGUGAAGUGACACCAAGCGCUAAGUUAAUCGUUGUGAUUUUUUCGUUGUGAUUGGACUAUCUGGCAAUCUAUUUUGGGUUGCUUUUUGAUUGCACGCUAUCGGGAACAGUUGUCACGCAGCAGUAUGUCUUUUUCAACGAUGUACAAACGUGCCCUCGUGCGCUAUCCCGUGUUGGUGCAGUCGGUCCAAUCGGGGCUACUGAUGGGGGCUGGUGACGUGAUUGCGCAAGGAUUCAUCGAACGAAAGGAUUGGAAAUCGUUCGACGGUAUGCGUGCCUUCAAAUUCUUUGGAAUAGGAUUUUGCGUCGGUGGUCCUGGAUUACGGAAAUGGUAUGGUGUACUGGACCGACACAUUGGCAGCAAGGGCGGUAAUAAAGCGAUCACUACGCUGAAAAAAGUCGCACUAGAUCAGCUCAUCUUUGCACCCGUCUUUCUUGGCACACUGAUCGGAACGAUUGGUUUGCUGCAAGGCCACAACUUGGUCGAAAUCAAGCACAAGUUACGCCACGAGUAUGGAGACAUCCUGCUGACGAACUACUACAUCUGGCCGUGGGUGCAGUUGGCAAACUUCUAUCUAGUCCCACUCAACUACCAGGUGCUGCUUGUGCAGUCGGUGGCAGUGUUUUGGAAUACGUACCUUUCCUGGAAGACAAACCAAAGCGAAGGUGCGUCCGGUAAGCAUGGCACCGUGAAACCAGUCGCACACGAACCACUUACCGCUGGGGAGGAAACAGUUGCCACGUAAGAUCGUUACCGUUGUGGAGAGUGCGAGCGGUACGUGUGACAUCAGGAACCGCAUCAACUUUGUGAUACUAGUGGGUACGUACCGGUGAGUGGCAUUCAAUAGGGGCAGGAAAGCUAUAUUGCAACUAGAAAAUGCAUAAGUAAGAGCGCGAUUGUUGCGGUCGCGAAAUUGUUGAUAAACCUGACAAAAAUUAGAAAUUUAUAUAGUUCUUCCCUUGAGAGCUUGUGCAGAUAGCCAUUUACUAAAAAUUAGUUGCCGCAAUCAUGGUUGUUAGCCAUAAAGUUACGUUUCUGGGUUGAAAAAAAGAAAACACGGUAAAAAUGCCAUACGCUCUAUAAACAGAUCCUUAAAAAGACAACCAUUAGUGCGAUACAAUACCAUUGAAUGGUUUGAUUUGGUAAAAUAAUCCUUUAGAAAUAACGCAGAUAACAAUAUCAUAUAAAACACUUUAAAUAGCAUAGCUACAUUCUUAACUUCACGAUGCCAUUAUGGAGCAUUAGUGGGAUUUGUUUUUGUUUUGCACUUUAAAGCUUGUAUAAACCGUACCAGGUUUGCAACGUAACAACACCAAACCAAUACCAGUUACAUAAAAUUAAGAUAGAAAAAGCUUUCAUCGAAGGCUAAUUCCUGGCAUCGGUAUAAUACUAGAAGGCGGACAAAUUUUUAGAACAUCCAGUUUUAACGCGUAGAAAACCUCGUCAGCAAAUAACACAAAUGUUCCUUAUUGUUUCAAUUAUAUAGCAGGAAAAAGCUAUAGUCAUAAUUAACAAAUAAUAAACUGGUCUCUCAACUUCAA